AUUAUUAAAAAAGAAAAAUGAGAUCCUCCUGAUUCUGUAUGAAAUCUGUGAGGAUCUUUCUUUCCAAACUGUCAAAGAUCUUCUCGUGGAAUUUUCUUCCCUAUAUUUAUCCUUUGUCCCUCCAAUGGCUUCCCAUUUCAAAUUUGACCUUUCACCCUCUCCCUUGUAUUGUAUUGUAUUGUAUUCCAUUGCUUAUCAUCAUCAUCAUCAUCAUCAUCAUCAUCAUCAAUAUCUCGAGCAAAUUCAUCAGAAGAGAAAUGGUUAUGGCAACAGAAGCGAAGUUCCAUGUUCUCGCCGUCGAUGACAGUAUCAUCGAUCGGAAGCUCAUCGAGAGGCUCCUCAGGACCUCCUCUUAUCAAGUGACGGCAGUUGAUUCAGGAAGCAAGGCUCUGGAGCUUCUCGGUUUGAACCGAGAUAAAGAAGGCGAAGAAGAGGAGAUCGGCGAUGAAGCCGAGGAGACUCCGUCCGUGUCCCCUAGCUGUCAGGAGAUGGAAGUGAAUCUCAUCAUCACAGAUUACUUCAUGCCUGGAAUGACCGGCUAUGAUCUGUUAAGGAAGAUCAAGGAAUCGAAAUAUUACAAGAACGUACCAGUUGUGAUAAUGUCCUCGGAGAAUGUCCCAUCGAGAAUUACUCGAUGCUUGGAAGAAGGAGCAGAGGAGUUCUUUCUGAAGCCAGUUCAGUUAUCAGAUGUCAACAAACUUAGGCCCCAUUUGCUGAAAGGAAGAGGUCGGGACCAGAAGGCUGCAAGUUCCAUAGAAUUGGCAGUUUCAUAAUCCUUUGUAUGAGAAAACAUUUGAAUUGUAUAAAAUCAGUUUUAGUCC